UGUCUGAAGUUCAGGCUGACGAAGCUGGCGCACACUAGCUGCUACCGAGCCAGCCCCUGAGUCAAGACAGGUACACUACCGAGCGCCAUCUUAGCUGCAGACGCCUCUCGACCCAGAUAAUAGAAUGGCGUAUGUCGCGCAUGGUAGCGAGUUUGUGGCGGGCGUCUUGACCCUUCUUCUUCGGAGACAUCUCCUAGCCGGAAGGCGUCGGCUUCAGGGUCAAGUAGACUUGAAGCUAUUAUGGGCUGCAGGCGUGGCGUCGACAGGGUCAGGGUACUGCGCACAAGUCCGAAUCGUGUCUACUCAAUAGCUUUGGGGCCGCGGCAGCUUGAAACCCCAGCCUAGUUCGGAGACGUUAGCCGUGGAUGAGGCCAAAGACGAGACAUGGCUUGCAUCUACGCCAGCACCAACACCAGCACCAACGCCCAUAAGAUCCGAUCAAAGUCGGCUGGUCGGGCCCAAUGACGAUGGCUAGUGCGCCUGUGUUCUCGCCCUGCUCGAAGGAUCCGAAAAGAGACGCUGUCACAAUCGGCCGAGACAAGCAGCCAGGGCUGCUGAGACAUUGGUAUCCAUCCUUGUCGAGCUCGCUGGUCGACUACUCAGGACAAGGACGAGCAUAUCACGCGUUAGACCUGAAGCUGAAGCGAGGAACGCUGCUGUUCGAGUGGCCGGAGAGCACCGUAGCCACUUUGGAACAAAGCGGAUUACCCACAGCUUUGCUGGAACUCCGUUUCUUCGGCAGCGACGUCAACGAGGCCUACGUUCACAAGUGCAGCUCAAUAGAGCCAGACUACGCAUGUUGGGCACCCCAAUUCCUUGCUCCUUCUGCUCAUCCUCCUUUGCUCGCUAUCUACAACGCUGAAGGUCUACGCGCCGAUGGUCAUGCGUCGCGCGCCAAAGCUGCAGAUCGAAAGCUUCGCCGUGACUAUGGUGGAAGAUGCCAUAAAUUGCCUGCGAAGGGCAGUGUGGUCUUUCUUGCAUCGCGGCAAGAUCACCGACAGUCCGUCAGCCCUGACCCGUUUCGAUAUGUGCUGCAGGUCAUUAUGCCGUUAUGGAGACGAACGUCUAUCGAACGAAAGCGAGGAGGAGGCACUCCAAAGUUUGUGGAGUCUUGUGUUUACAUAAAUGGUAGCUCGUCUCCAUUGUCAGCCAGUGGGGCGUUACGAUGCGCUCAUGCUCGCUGUUGUGCCCUCUUCCAACAGGAUGUACCACGCAUUCGCAUUCGCAUACGCCAUUGCAGCGUUGUGACGAAGACUUGCUUCUUCUCGUAUGUCGUAUCAAGUGGGUCGGGAUGUCAAUACGCAGACGGCCCGAUUUAUCAAUUCGCGCAUGUGUCUCUGCUUCUGCAAAACUUCGACUGCAGCGCAAUGUUGAAUUACUGGAGUGCCUAUGGGUCUGACAAGGGUGUAGUGGAUCGGGAUCUUCGAUUGCACUCGUCGCGUCAAGGCAUCGUGUGCAACAUGGAUCUUCUGCUUCGCUUUCGGAUUCUUGCUAGCCCCGCCGUGGGUUGUGCGACCAGCGACGAGGAGGCUUCCUGCAUGGAUCAAUGCGACAAGGCACUGCGAUCUGCAAGCAUAGAUAGCUACAGACCGAGCGCUUGCGCGCUACUUACCGUUGGUGUCGCUGUUUUCGUGCUUGUCUGUCAGGGGAGACUUGUGGUGGCCUUUGAAAAGCCUCCUCGCGGCCGGCGGAGCUGCUAUGAGCCGCAUUCACACAAAGGAGCUGCGCAUAUGCAGCUUCCCGCCCGCCGCCAUCUGUAUGUGGAUGUUCGAGUUUUCGAAUGUCUCGUCGUUGGCAUUGAGCGGGUAGGAUGCAAUUGCUUCGGAGGUCCGCUUCGAUGCGCUGGCAACGCCGCCGCGGUCAGACCUGGUAUGAUAGUGAUGGAGGGUAUGCGAUCUCCCGAAGCCAGCCUAGGCGAUGGGGCAUUGCUCUUCGCCGAUUCUACUGCGGUCGAAGGUGGUUGGAGGGGCUGUGGGUUGAGAUUGUCUUGGAUGUCAGCGUCAAUGCGCUGGCGAACCCGCAGCAGACCGAGUCGACGACAGGAGCCACUAUACUAUGUACAGCUUGUUAGCAGAGUCAGAGACCGCGUCGGAAGUCCGCCUAGAAUCGCCAGCGAAGCCAUCGCGCAGAACCGACCAACAGCGGCCUACAUGGUGCAGGAAGCUCUCGCGGAGGUCAUCAAGAGUGUAGUAAUCUUGUUACUACCUCUGUUAUGGUUCGAGUGGGGUGGUGGGAGGCGGCGCGGGUGGCUGUCGAGGAGAAUUGAGUCGCAGGAGCUCGACCCGAUCACCACCGCGACCGGUGAAGCUUCAUCGACCCAUUGUCUUGGUCACAUGAGCUCGCUCUACCAGCUCCGUAAAUUUGAGCGAGCGCGGCUUGGUGUUGGGGAUCAUCGUGGUGGUAUCUUCAAGGACGAUCUGGAGAUCGUGGGACUCGGCAAGCCCCUCGAAUGGUUCUCGCCUACCUCGACCACACGAUCCAGGGCUACGUCGAAUCUACGGCACGCGACAGGUCAUACCUGA